AUGGCUGUGGUUGUGGGAAAAUCACUUUCUGAAGCCUCACUGAGUGGGAAAUCCGAGGGCAAUGGCAGGUGGGACUGCACAGAGGUGGAAGCAGACUACCCAGAGCUAGCGGACAGCCUGCACCGGCUUCUAGGGGCGGAGGAAGCAAAGCCCUGCCCGCAGGGGACAGAGAAUGUGGCAAUGAGUGGACACGGUCACUUGGCCACUGAUGUUACCCAGGGAGGCUCAAGCUACCACCAAGAAGUGUCUUCAGCAUCCGCACCCAGAUUUCCCAGAGCAAGAGCCAGCCUCUCAGAGACAGAGACGUUAAUUUACAGCACCAAUGAUGGUGGUGACGUGGCUCAUCAUGUUAGCCACCAGGUCCUCUCCUCAGAAGAGCAGCAGGUAAAGGCAUCAGGCCAUUGGGAGCUGACAUCCAGCCCUCCCAGCCAGCUCAGCUCUGCAGAGGAGACCCUCCUUGCUGGCAGCUGCCACCAUGCCCGUGCUGGCUGGCAGAGCCGAGGUCUGGGAGCUCAGUCCUCAUUUUCUUCCACCUCGGAGCUCCUGCGGCCCCAAACCCCCUUCAGCCCUGAGCACGCCCUGCGGAGCCGCUCCGUGUCGAGCUUCUCCACUCUGUCUUCAGAAGAAAGUGGCCUCUCCAAAAAGCUGUCCCGACAUUUGCUGGCCAGCACAGACAUGCCUUCCCCUGUGGCCAGCAAGGCCAGGUGGAGCGCGGCAGAGGGCAGGACGCUGCGGUCACACAAGAGCUUCAGUCCUCUGCGUGAUGACCGGCCCACUGUGGAGCACACCAGAAAGAUGUCAUCCUACCAAGCUGAUUACUGGGCGUGUGCCAUACCAGAUUCCUUACCCCCCUCUCCAGACCGUCACUCGCCCCACUGGGACCCCCAUAAAGAGUAUGAGGACUUGCUGGAUUACGCUUAUCCGCUGAAGCCAAGAUACAAGCUGGGAAAGGUACCAGAACCUUUCUUCCACGACUCAGGAAUAGGUUUGGACAGCUUUUCUGUUUCCCCUGAGGGCACUUUGAGGUCCACCAGCAUCUAUGGCCGAAGCGGACAGGCUUGGGAAAGUGGAGGAAGCAGACGUCGGAGGUUCGUGGCCUCUGCGGAGAAGGUCUCCACACCAGGGCCUGGAAAAAGAGGCAGCUCAGGAGCUGGCUUGUACUAUGAACCUUUGCCUAUUCCAACAGCAUCCUUCGCAAAGAGUCCUUCCUCUCAUCCUUCUGGAGGUUCAGCUAAAGAUGUAACAACAGAGUCAGUGGGGCUGGGUUCAUCUGGCUGCCCUGCUGCAGAUGGGGGAAGCUGGUGCACCAAAGGGAGCCCCUUCCCAAACUACAAAGGGCAGGUGAAAAGCACAAAUAGGUUUUUACCUACAACACAAGUGCUCCCCCUGAGGAGAGAGUGGGAGGGGGAUGAGGAGUUUCUGUCCCUGCCUCCCAGACUGCAGGAGCUGGAGAGGCUGGCUCAGUUUUUGUCCAAUCUGUCAUUAACUAUAAGGACGACCGAGCGCGACCACUGUAACCUUCCACAUCACAGUGACAGCAGGCAGCCCCUUUCAUUCGAGUUGGCUCCUUUUGGAGAAGUGGGUGACGGGGGCAAAAGAGGGAAUAUUGAGGAUUGUGCUGGGCUGUGGCACCCCAGCAACUCUAGAGAGCUCAGCAGGGAAAACACUGAAUCGUAUGGGCAGCUCCACAGGGAUCCUCUGCGGGGGCUUCGUCUGCCAACUGGGCUCAGGGACAUGCUGGACGGGAGUUACCUCAAUGAACCACGGGUCAAGGGGCAGCCAAAGAAGCGCCAGCACGGCGAGUCCCUUGCCCAGUGUGUGAAGAUGUUUUGCUGCCAGCUGGAAGAGCUAAUUCGUUGGCUGUACAACGUGGCAGAGAUCACUGACAGCUGGGUCCCAGCCUUGCUGGAUGCUGAGGGCGUGAAGGCAUCACUGCACCGCUGCUUGGAGUUCAGGAAAGACGUGGCUGACCACCGGAGCCUGACAGAGAGUGUGCUGGAGAGGGGAGAAGCUCUCCUUGACUGCAUGGCAUCAAAUUCUCCAGCUCUGAAAGAUACGCUGGGUUUGAUUGCAAAACAGUCAGAAGAGCUGGAAACCCAUGCAGAGCACUUGUACGAGUCUGUUCUAGCUUCUGUGGGUCCUGUGCAGGGUGAGGACAGGAUGGAGGACGAGGGGCUGUAG